CUCUAGUUUCUUUCGUUUCAUUCCUCUUUCCGCUCUUUCCUCGUGCUCUUUUCACGUGUUGUGUGAUUACUUGUCACGUAUUUUAUAUAUCAACGUGUAACUUUUUAAUAUUUAGAUAUUAAAUAUAAAGUACAUUUUAUCACAAUGGUUGUGAUCGGUAAAAAGAAGUAUCAGAGUGGUGAGGGAUCACAGUUCAUGUCGAGGAGAGCUGCUCUCAGAAAAUUACAAUUGACCCUGAAAGAUUUCCGCAAGUUAUGCAUAUUGAAAGGCAUAUAUCCGAGAGAACCACGAAACCGUAAGAGAGCACAGAAGGGUGAACCCGGCAUUAAAACUCUAUAUCACAAGAAAGACAUUCAGUUUUUAAUGCACGAACCGAUCAUAUGGAAAUUGAGAGAAUACAAGAUUUUUAACAGGAAACUUGGACGAGCAAAGGCAAUGAAAGAUUUUGCCAAAGUAAAAAGAUAUUUGAGCAAUCAUCCUACAUUAAAGAUAGAUCAUAUAGUCAAGGAACGUUAUCCCACAUUCAUAGAUGCACUGCGAGAUUUGGACGAUUGUCUGACUCUCUGCUUUUUAUUCAGUACAUUUCCAUCAUUGGCUCAUAUACCGAGAGAUCAGUCAUUGUUAUGCAGGAGAUUAACGAUGGAGUUUCUUCAUGCUGUUAUCACUGCUAAAGCGUUGCGUAAAGUAUUUGUUUCCAUCAAAGGUUACUAUUAUCAGGCAGAAAUAAAGGGGCAAAUGGUAACAUGGAUAGUGCCACACCACUUCUCUUUUGAGCCACAAACAAAGAAUGAAGUUGACUUUAAGCUCAUGUCUACGUUUGUAGAAUUUUACAUUGUGAUGCUUGGCUUUGUCAAUUACAGACUGUAUCAUACUUUGAAUUUACAUUAUCCUCCAAAAUUGACAAAUUCUGGAAACAUUGACAAAACACUGGUUGAUGAAGAAACAUAUGUCUCGGAGAGAAUAAGUGCUUUAAAUGUUCCGUUAAUCAAUUUAGAUCCUUCAGUACCAGCGAUUGAAGAUGACAAUAUUGAGAUAGAUCAAUUUUCAAAUGAGACAGACGCUGCCAAGAUAGAAGCUGCUAAAGCAGAAGCAGAAAAAAUACAAAAACUAAAAAAUUUAUUUAAAGGUCUAAGAGUUUUUAUUAAUAGGGAAGUUCCCAGAGAGCCACUAGUUUUUAUUUUACGUUGCUUCGGCGGAGAAGUAUCUUGGGACAAGUUACUAUUUGUCGGAGCCACUUUUGAAGAGAAUGAUGAAACAAUAACUCAUCAGAUUGUGGAUAGACCAAGCAUGAAUAAACAAUAUAUAUCGAGAUAUUACGUGCAGCCACAGUGGAUUUUCGACAGCGUAAACGCGAGGGAAUUAUUGCCUGUAGAAAAAUAUUUGAUGGGUGUUGUUCUACCUCCUCAUCUUUCACCAUUUACCGAGACUCGACAAGAUCAAACAUACAUUCCUCCAGAAGAGCGUGCUCUUAUGGAUCCUGAUUUUAAACUAAAAGAUUGUAAGAUUUUGCUUUUGGAUCGUAUAGUAAUUAAAGAUGGAAUUCUAUCUAAUUUAUAUUUAAUUUCUCGUUUAGUGGAAGAAGUUUCAGAUGAAGAAGAAGAAGAAAAUGCUGAUGAGGACGAGGAUAAAGAAGAGAAAAUUGAAGCUGAGCGCAAUUUGAGUUUAGAAAGCGAUGAAGAAAUGGAAGAAGAAGAAGAGGAGGAGGAGGAAGAGGAAGAAGAGAAUGACGAUAAGGAUAUACAGACCGAGGAAAAAGAGAAAGAGAAAAUAAGGAAACAAGCUCAAUCACAAGAGAAGAAAAAAAUGAAGGUACAGACUGGUGAGACCAUGAAGGAAAAUCCAUGGGAGAAAGCCCGACUGGAGAAGCAGGAAUACCGUCUCAGAGAAAAGAUGAUUAAGAAGAAACAUCGCAAACUGUACAAGAGUAUGAUGAAAGGUCGAGAAGAAAGAGCUAAAGAAAUCUGGCUCUUGCGAAAGAAGAGGCGUAUCCACGAUGCCAAGGAGAAAGAGAAGCGUAAAGAGCAAAGAAAAGCAAACAAGAAUAAAUCUAUCAAGUAAAAUAGAUCGCUUAAAUAUAAAAUAAAU